UGAGGUUCUCACCCCCGCCCUCCGCCCCUCGCUCCCAUCCCGAGUUCCAUCAAAGCGAAGCCGGGCCAGCGCAAGGAUCUCCGAGUGGCGAGUGUGCUGAGGCUGGGACUGUCACUCAUUCUCCCCUCGGCGCGUGAACGCAGCUCGGCGGCCGCUGGCAGGAAACAGUUCUGCAAAAAUAAUCAUACUCAGCCCGGCGAUUGUCUGCCUCUAGGUCUGUGGCUCCGACGCCGUCCACACUCGCUGCAAGCAAGGAGCGGGGGACACAGAAUUGACCGCGGCAAGAACAACCCUUCCCAGCCAGCAGAUUACAAUGCUGCAAACUAAGGAUCUCAUCUGGACUUUGUUUUUCCUGGGAACUGCAGUUUCUCUGCAGGUGGAUAUUGUUCCCAGCCAGGGCGAAAUCAGCGUUGGAGAGUCCAAGUUCUUCUUAUGCCAAGUGGCAGGGGAGGCCAAAGAUAAAGACAUCUCCUGGUUCUCCCCCAAUGGAGAAAAGCUCACCCCGAACCAGCAGCGGAUCUCAGUGGUAUGGAAUGACGACUCUUCUUCCACCCUCACCAUCUACAACGCCGACAUUGACGAUGCCGGCAUUUACAAGUGUGUGGUCACUGGCGAAGACGGCAGUGAGUCAGAGGCCACCGUCAACGUGAAGAUCUUCCAGAAGCUCAUGUUCAAGAAUGCACCAACUCCCCAGGAAUUCAGGGAGGGGGAAGACGCAGUGAUCGUGUGUGAUGUGGUCAGCUCUCUACCCCCAACCAUCAUCUGGAAACACAAAGGCCGAGAUGUCAUCCUGAAAAAAGAUGUCCGAUUCAUAGUCCUGUCCAACAACUACCUGCAGAUUCGGAACAUCAAGAAAACAGAUGAGGGUACUUACCGAUGUGAGGGCAGGAUCCUGGCACGGGGGGAGAUCAACUUCAAGGACAUUCAGGUCAUUGUGAAUGUACCGCCCACCGUCCAGGCCAGGCAAAGCAUCGUGAAUGCCACCGCCAACCUCGGCCAGUCUGUCACCUUGGUGUGUGAUGCUGAAGGCUUCCCGGAGCCCACCAUGAGCUGGACAAAGGAUGGGGAUCUGAUAGAGAAUGAGGAAGACGAGAAGUAUGUCUUUAGUGACGACAGUUCAGAGCUGACCAUCAGGAGGGUGGAUAAGAACGAUGAGGCUGAGUAUGUCUGCAUCGCCGAGAACAAAGCUGGAGAGCAAGACGCGUCCAUCCACCUCAAAGUUUUUGCAAAACCCAAAAUCACUUAUGUAGAGAACCAGACCGCCAUGGAACUAGAGGAGCAGGUCACUCUUACCUGCGAAGCCUCAGGAGACCCCAUUCCCUCCAUCACCUGGAGAACUUCCACCCGAAACAUCAGCAGCGAAGAAAAGGCUUCGUGGACUCGACCAGAGAAGCAAGAGACUCUGGAUGGGCACAUGGUGGUGCGUAGCCACGCCCGUGUGUCCUCCCUGACCCUGAAGAGCAUCCAGUACACAGACGCUGGAGAGUACAUCUGCACUGCCAGGAACACUAUCGGCCAGGACUCCCAGUCCAUGUACCUCGAAGUACAAUAUGCCCCCAAGCUUCAGGGCCCCGUGGCUGUGUACACCUGGGAGGGGAACCAGGUGAACAUCACCUGCGAGGUGUUUGCCUACCCCAGUGCCACGAUCUCGUGGUUCCGAGAUGGUCAGCUGCUGCCAAGCUCCAACUACAGCAACAUCAAGAUCUACAAUGGCCCCUCUGCCAGCUACCUGGAGGUGACCCCGGACUCUGAAAAUGAUUUUGGAAACUACAACUGCACCGCAGUGAACCGCAUUGGACAGGAGUCUCUGGAAUUCAUCCUUGUCCAAGCAGACACCCCAUCUUCACCAUCCAUCGACCAGGUGGAGCCAUACUCUAGCACAGCACAGGUGCAGUUUGAUGAGCCAGAGGCCACAGGUGGGGUGCCCAUCCUUAAAUACAAGGCUGAGUGGAAAGCAGUGGGCGAGGAAAUGUGGCACUCCAAGUGGUACGAUGCCAAGGAAGCCAGCAUGGAGGGCAUUGUCACCAUCAUGGGCCUGAAGCCUGAGACCACGUACACGGUGCGACUGGCAGCCCUCAAUGGCAAGGGUCUGGGCGAGAUCAGUGCAGUCUCCGAGUUCAAGACGCAGCCAGUCCCGGCUCCUGCUAACUCUUCCACUCCCGUCCCAUUGUCUCACCCAGAGACAACCUGGCCUCUUCCUGCCCUUACAACCACAGAAUCAUCUAAAGGGGAACCCAGCGCUCCUAAGCUCGAAGGGCAGAUGGGAGAGGAUGGCAACUCCAUCAAGGUGAACCUGAUCAAGCAGGACGACGGCGGCUCCCCCAUCAGACACUACCUGGUCAAGUACCGAACGAAGCUCUCCUCCGAGUGGAAACCAGAGAUCAGGCUCCCGUCUGGCAGUGACCACAUCAUGCUCAAGUCCCUGGACUGGAAUGCUGAGUAUGAGGUCUAUGUGGUGGCCGAGAACCAGCAGGGGAAGUCCAAGGCAGCUCAUUUUGUGUUCAGGACCUCGGCGCAGCCCACAGCCAUCCCAGCGACCCUGGGAGGCUGCUCCGCGUCCUACACCUUUGCCUCCUUGCUUUUCUCUGCGGUGACUCUUCUUUUGCUCUGUUAGGAACGUAAGAACACACAAAGAAAAGCUAAAUUUGCUUAAAAGCCCAGUUCCUAUGCGAAUGAUCAGUGCCCCCUUUGGAAGAAUGACCGUGGCCCCACGUGCUCUGUGGAAGAGGAAAGUUUGCGACUGGAGAAAGCUGGACCUCCAGGCGCUGUGCCAUUUCCGUAUAUUUUUGUGCCACUUCAUAAGGAAGGCUCCCCUGUUAGUGGCAGCACAACGUACUUGGGAGCGCUUCUCUUUACAGUGUUUCAAAGGCAUCGUGCUAGGUUUACAGAGACAUGGCUGCACAUCUGUUCUGCUGCUUGUUGCAUUUUUUGUUGUUGUUCUCACCUGAAAAUGAUGUAGCAGAGAGGGGUUUCUGAGUGCCCCCAAAGCUUGCAUCCGCUUGUUAAAAACCCCACGUGCCCCCAUUCUAACCCCACGCUGCUCCUCGGCCCCUCAAUACUAGUUGUUUUUGUGUGCAUUUCAAUGCCCAUAUACGGCAGCCAGACCACUGUGAUUCACCUGAGCAUUUUGAUGACAUGACGGCAAAUUAAGUCACCCUGUGACCGUGCAGCAGAAUUAGGUGUGUUAAGUAUUUACUGGGGCUGAUCAAACAUUCUGGAAAGCGCUGUGGUCCUGCAGCCUGAUCUCCCCCUGUUCUAGGUCUGGCCCCAUCCUGCUUGUCCUGCUUACAGUGUGUCCCUGGCUCUCUGCUGGCUCUGUGAGCAAGGCCCAACACUGCCAGCUCUGUGAGACACGUGUCUCUCAGGAGGGCGGAUGCCUGCUGCACAGCUGCAGGUCAGCACAGAGCCUCAUGUCUUGGAGGUUGUGGUUCCACAGUGAGCCACGUUAUCAAUAAGUCAGCCUCCCAGAUUGGAAGCAUCCACUGUGAGCCAGGCAUGAACCUUGUACUCUGGCCCUUCAUGCUCACAAAGCAGCAGGGAGGGCACGGGCCACUCCCAGGCGGCCCAGCCUGGACUGUUGAUAAAUUGGGGCUCAGUCAGUCUGUCAUACUUCCCGAAUGCACCAAACCCCUAUUGGUCAGUGGCUCUAGUGACAUUUUUAAAGCUGGUGAAAGCCAGCUGCUCCUCCCUGCUGUUGGGGAGUAUGCCUCCCCCACGUGGCCAGGAGAGGAAGUAGGGGUGUAUGUGUGAAAGUCCCACACAAGGGUGAGUCCUGUUUAGUGACAUCACUGCGUAUUUGGGAUGGAACGUCUGCUGAAUAAAACUCCCUCCCUCCAUUGUGGUCACAUAUCAUUCUACAUGUCUCCUCUCUGAGCAUCUCCACAGGAAGUGUGAUUUUUGUUCCUUUUUGUCUCUUUAAUUUUCAGUUCUGUUGGAUUUCCCUUUGGGAAUCUAAGUGAUCCCAUGGUUUGGGGGAUAGAGCUUCCCGUCCCUAGCCUUCACAGUGUUGAGGCUCAAGUGCAGACACCAGAGACCAAAUGCUACCCAAACAGCUCAGGCAGGGUAGUGCCUCCUGCCCCCCCCACCCCCUCACUCACCCCCCCCACCCCACCCCCCGCUGCCUCCAGCCACAAUUCAGUCCUCUCCCUCCGGGGCUCCUGCCGCCUCACCCAGUGCAGCAGGAGCCGCGUGGUUCUUGGGCACAUGGCCGAGCACUGAGGAGAGGCAGGUGGUGCCUCUGGGCCUGGGGUGGGAAUCCCAGGUCAGUUAGCAAGAGCUGCAGGGAGGGCUAGGAUGGGCAAGCUCAGUCCUGGUGCAGGUGAGCCGUCACUGUCCUCUGACCCCCAGCACACUCUCUAUGUCACCCUGGGCAGAAGUCAUUCAGGAGCACCCUCCUCAGGGUCCCAGGUCCCAGUCCCACUCGCAUGGGAGAGACAGUGUCAGUGUUUCUGAAGGAACUCUUUGAAGGUUUAGCCCAAAUGGAGGGGAGCCUGACCCAGCCCUAUCCCCUAAAGCACCCCCACCAGGCAGGCCUCUGCCGAGGCAGCUUUACCGUCACCGCAGUGGCCGCAUUCAGACAGGCCGAGGUUUGUAAUGAGAUGCCCUUUUGGAGACAGCGUAAGGACGCGCCACUCCCAGUGAACACUGAAUUCUGGUUGGCUGUGGCCGUGGCCUAGCCCACCAGGAACCCCUAAGACAGUGCCCCCUCCCUCCCUGCAUCCCCACACCCCGCCUCCAGGCCCACGGGGUCUCUGCUCACUUUGGGAAAACCUAUACAGCUGGUCUGGAUCACGUUUGUCUACUAAUAAGAAUGCUAACGUUGUUGUGCAGAUAAUCAGCCAGGCCUUCGUGAGGUUUACACCUUUGCAUUAUUAAAGGAAAUAAUAGUCACGUGAA